AUGAUGAACGCUUUGGUGGCCUUGACUGCUUUCUCGGUAUCCGUUUUUGCGCUAUCGACUCAAACGGCAGACCCGUGUGCCAUGUGUGAAUAUGUGAUGAAUCAGGCUGAACAACACUUCCGACGAGCAGAGAAUAUCACUCAGCUGGCCAAAGAUCUUCAAGGAGAUUGUGCAACGUUGCAACGAUUCUACGGUGAUCAAGCGGUGCAAGACUGUGCUCGAUUGGUGACACAAAACUUGGAUUUAAUCUAUGCUGAUUUGCAACAAGGAAAACAAACCGGUGAGAUUUGCCAAGAUAUGGGCCAAUGCAUCAAGGUGUCCACCACACAACCCCCACCCACUUUCCCAUGUCCCGUGUGCGAGGCUGUGCUCAAUGAGGCCAAACAAAAGCUCGGCACUCGGAUCAACGAUGAACAAGCGCUGCUGGUCGAGCUGCUCAAUGAUUGCUAUGUUGUCAGUCCGGCAGUCGCCGAGGCGUGCAUCGAAUACGUCAGCUUUGGCAUUGAUAUCAUCUACGCAGAUCUGACAAAUGGCAAAGACGCUUGGCAGACAUGUGCUGAUCUGCACGUUUGCUUUGGCACCGAGCCACCAAUGAGAAAU